AUGAAGGCAGAACUUCAGUCACAAGACUGGGAUGUUCGCCUGGUGGGGAAUGCAAACGACAAAGCAUCUUCCAUUACCAGCCUCCUCACUGAAAUGCUGGAGAAAUACGUCCCUUCACGGACAUACAUCACAAAACCAGGGGACCAAGCCUUAAAUGACAGCCACGUGCAAAUGGGCCCGCAACAGAUGGCAAGAGGACACAAAGCGCAAACUGUCACUUUAGGAGCAGGCAGCAAGGAGUGGUGGUCGCUCGAGAAGGAGCACCAAGGGGAAACCCGGGAAUCCACAAUGCCUCCACUAACCAAGCCCGAUGGAACAAAUGCCUCGAGCAAUCGGGAAAAAGCUAACCUUCUGGGAAACAUGUUCAGUUGUAAAAUGACAGUGCCAGAUGCUAACAGGACACCACCAGAGAUACUCUCAAUGUACCAUGAACAACUCCCUGGUCUUCAAAUCUGUCGCAUCAGAACAAAAGAGAUCCCUCAGAACCUAGACACAAAGAAAGCCCCAGAGAACUACCGGCCCAUCUCCCUUCUGCCAUGCAUCAGCAAGGUAUUUGAAAAGAUCAUUGCUGAACAGCUCAUGAAACACCUGGAAAACCAUAAUCUUAUUUCCGUCAGACAGUUUGGUUUUAGAUCCUCCAGAUCGACUGCUGACCUUCUACUGUUGAGUAAAAACUGGCAGGGUGCUCUUGAUGCCGGCCAAGCUACUCUGGUGAUCGCCCUCGGGCGCCUUCGACCGAGAUCUGUACUUGGCCCAAUCCUCUGGAAUAUUUAUAUUGAUGAUAUGCUGAGGGAACAUCCUGAAAUCAAUGCAUAUGCCGAUGACUGUACACUUUCUGUUUCAUACCAACGUGAGGACCACGACGCUGUAGCAACGAAUAUGAAUUCAAAGCUGCAAGCAAUUUACGAAUGGGGAUCACAAUGGCAAGUAAGAUUUACCCCCAACAAGACCCAGGCAAUGGUUGUAUCCCGCUCUCCAGCUGCAUCAGGCGUCAUGAAAGACACAAUCUUAAUGAACAACACCGCCCUUCCACUCGAGGACUUGAUCUCAGUCCUCGGUAUAGACAUAGACAGUGGUCUAAGAAUUAACCGACACGUCAGCAGGAUCUGCAAAACAGCUUCCUUGAAGGUGACAGCCCUUCGACGCAUAUCUCAUCUCCUGAAUCCUCAGGGAAUUCUGACGCUAUACAAGUCCCAGAUCAGACCACACCUAGAAUAUGCCUCGCUUAUCCAGGAAGCCACCAAUCUUCGCCACAUCGACGCGCUGGAACAUUGUCGUGACGUCGGGGCUCUAACGGUGCUCCACAAGGCUCAGGUGCAGCAGGUGCCUCAUCUAAGCAGCCUCCGUCUCCCACCCUACGGCCGAGAGAGAAGUACGAGGACGGUACACUCUAAUCGGCUCCUGGUGGAAGUUCCGAGGUCGCGGUCUAGCCAGCAUCAGCGCACCUUCUCUGCCAGAGCAGCACGUCUGUGGAAUGCAUUCACAUCCACCAUCGAUGUCACCGAAAUGACAACGCAACAAGUGAAGGCAGCGGCUCACCAAUGGCGGUCGAGCCAGCCAUCACCUCUUAACCUCCUACACUCUCAUGGCGAAACAUU